AUGACUCUAGACAAUACCAGUGCUCCAAAAGUCUUCAUUCUGCUGGGUUUUUCCAGCCACCCUUGGCUAGAAAGACCCCUCUUCACAGUGGCUCUCAUUGCUUACAUUUGCACACUAGUGGGCAACUUCACAAUUAUUGUGGUGUGCAGGCUGAAUCCUCACCUUGACAGCCCUAUGUACUUCUUUCUUUCCAACCUCUCCUUCUUGGAUCUGUGUUUCACCACAACCACCAUCCCUCAGCUUCUGCUGAACCUUUGGGGACCAGACAAGUCCAUCACCUAUGGUGGCUGUGUGACCCAGUUCUACAUAUUUCACUUCCUGGGGGCCACAGAGUGCAUCCUUCUAGCUGUGAUGUCUCUGGAUCGUUACAUUGCGAUCUGCAAGCCACUGAGGUAUCCUGCUAUCAUGCAUCAGCACCUCUGUGUCCUCCUAGUGGCCAUGGCAUGGCUCAGUGGUUUGGCCAACUCUUUGCUGCAGUCAUCGCUCACCAUCCAGCUGCCACUUUGUGGUAACAACAAGGUGGACAACUUCCUCUGUGAGGUUCCUGUAAUGAUCAAGAUGUCCUGUGUAGACACUACAUUCAAUUUGAUUAUGCUUUCCAUCGUGGGGACAUUCUAUUCCCUGGUUCCUUUGUCACUUAUUCUUGUUUCCUAUGGGUUUAUUGUAGCUUCUGUGCUUAGGAUUCAGUCCUCAGAGGGAAAGAAGAAGGCCUUUAACACAUGUGGUGCCCAUGUCAUUGUUGUGUUUCUCUUUUAUGGGCCAGUAAUUAUCAUGUAUACACAGCCCUCUAACAUUAACUCCCAGGACAAGGACAAAUUCAUGUCCUUGUUCUACAGUUUGGUGACUCCCAUGCUUAAUCCUUUUAUCUACACUUUGAGAAAUAAGGAUAUGAAAGGGGCCAUGAAGAAGCUCCUUGUCUCAUUGUACCAUCAGAGAACAGAACAAAGGGAAAACCAGUCAGCGACACCACCAGCUAUGGGUCAGAACGAGUCCAUUAUGGGUCAGAACGAAUCUGUUCCCAGCACUCCCCUUAGCCUUGUCAUUGACCAUUUUAAAGAAUUCCAGAGCUCGAGCAGUCCACCAGUAUGUAUUUGGGCCCCCGCUCACCCCGAUCAGAUUGUCUAUAUCCAGGCUUGGAUAGAUAUAAUCUAUGAUGCUCCCCCUUGGAUUGAGCCACCUCCGAAUGGAGUCCUAACAGCCCUCAAACCGAAAUCCAAGGCUGAAGAGGUGACAUCCAAGCCCAAUGCACCUCCAGUCUUACCUCCGAGUGAAGACUUCUCUGACCCGCUAGACAUCCUUCCCUUACCCCCUCCCCCGUAUCCUGCCCCUGAGCCACAACCUGACUCCACCUUGCCCUCCCCGCCUUGGCCCAUUCGAACCCGCCGCCACGCUUGA